AUGACCGACCCCAAAGUGUCUAAGACUGCUAUGUAUCCAAGACCGACCCCAAAGUGUCCAAGACCCCAAUGUGUCCAAGACCCCAAUGUGUCCAAGACUCCAAUGUGUCCAAGACUCCAAUGUGUCCAAGACUCCAAUGUGUCCAAGACCCCAAGGUGUCCAAGACCCCAUUGUGUCCAAGACUCCAAUGUGUCCAAGACCCCAAAGUGUCCAAGACCCCAAUGUGUCCAAGACCGACACCAAAGUGUCCAGGACCCCAAUGUGUCCAAAAUUCCAAUGUGGCCAAGACCCAAAUGUGUCCUAGACUCCGAUGUGUCCAAGACUCAAAUGUGUCCAAGACCCCAAUAUGUCCAAGACCGACCCCAAAGUAUCCAAGACCCCAAUGUGUCCAUGACCGACCCCAAAGUGUCCAAUACUCCAAUGUGUCCAAGACCCCAAAGUGUCCAAGACCCCAAUGUGUCCAAGACUCCAAUGUGUCCAAGAACCAAUGUGUCCAAGACCCCAAUGUGUCCAAGACUCCAAUGA